UGAAGAAAUAAAAGAUGUGCAUUUAUAAAAUAAACAAAAUUUUCUUUGUCACAGGUGUAUCAUUUUGAUAGGUGCAUUUGUCAACUUGUGGUUCCAUAGUUAUGUUGCAUUAUUUUUGUUCCUUGAUAUACACCCCCCAUCUUACUGCAAACAAAGUCCAGAUUAAUUAAUGAUCCUGGUAACAAAGGAAAUGAUUGCUUUUGUUAUGGUGCGAUCACUUUCCUCUCAUAAGAAUAUGUUAUUUUCACCCAGACAAUGCAUAAACCUACAAAAGGCAGUUUAUGAAACUCCAUUUUUAAAGGGUGCCUUUUUGUGUAAGGUUUCGGCCAAUCAUAAGAGUUGCAAACAAUACCCAAGAAAAGUUUACAAUUUACAAAUUUUUACUUGUUUCUCAUAUACACUGUAGGAUUUCUGUUACUUUAAUAGACUAAGAUGAGAUUUUGUUAUAAGGAAGUUGUUUACAAAACGGAGGAUUAAUAUACAUGCUGCUUGAAGAUUUCAUAAAAUUUGGUGACUGUUUAAACGAAUCAGAAAUUCAGUGGAGUCAAAAGAAAAGUUUACAUCUUUAUGCAUUCUGACAUUUCAGUGCAUGUAGGUAAGGUUUUGUUUUGGAAUUCUUUGGUUUGCAAAAUGAUAACAGGAUGUUAACAAAACAGUAUCUUCCAAAAUCAUGUACAUGUACUGUACAAAUGAAGGUGUGAUUUCCAGUCAAUCCUGUAUGUCAUGCUUUACCAGCAUUUUUCCAAAAGACAUUUUUGCUCAUUUAAGAGUUCUGCAUCACUGUACAGUACAUUGUAAAUAAUUAUAUUGACUCAGAGGUUGAGUUUAAAAACUGUAAAGGUUUACUACAUUAUGACUGUAAUCACAAUUUUUUGUCUUGCAUAACUUUUUCUCUCACCAUGUUCACACAGGUGUAACGUCUCCACCACUGAGCUUCGUAGGGCAGCAAUACAUCUUCUGUUAUCCAUGUUGUGUCUUCCACUGCAUUUUCAAGAUCUCCCUAUAAAAGGUGUGAAGUAUUUUGCAAACACUUCGUCACAGACUGCUCUGGUGUUUGUGAUUUUGUUAAAAAUUAAUUAUUCUAAAAGAGGCCUGCCUUGAAUUUGGCAGCUUUUGGCUGCUUCUGAGUUCACUGUCAACUGAUAUUCCAUUGCUGUCAUCCAGAGCUAUCUCCUUUUCAGUGGAGGCAGUGUGGCCGAGUGGUUAGAGCGCUUAACUUAUAAUCCGGAAACCCCAAGUUCAAGUCCCACCCUGAUCACUAGCUGGAUUUGUUCUUGGUAGUCCCGAGUUCAAAUCCUUGGCAACGCUUGUAAAUAGCCAACUGGUUUGCCUCUUAUAAGUUAGGAUUCUUAAACAUAUUAUCUUCUAUUGUUUUUUUUUAAAUUAUUGUUUCUGUAUCCCUGAAAAGCCCUGUAAGGGGAGUGGAUAAUUUCAGUAUUUAUAAUUUAUUUAUUUGUAAUUUAUCUUUGUACUUACAGCUGUAAUUGAGGAUAUCCCUUCACUGAGAUUGGUUAGUACCUUGAGUUAAAGGCUAUUUUUUACUUUUAUGUUUAUUGUAUUUUUUUCUAGACAUGACAGCAACGCGGAGAAAGAAAAACUCGGCUGAACAAGACAAUCAAGAACCCAAGAAGACACUGACAUUCAUGUCACUAAAGCCCAGACUCACUAGACUUUUGCUGGAAGCUCUGCAGUGUGAAGCAGACUCUUUUAAUGUUCAGAUCUUACUGGGAGGUUUGUUGUUGUUUUAAGAAAGUUUUAAGUUGGAUGUGACAAGGUCUUCUGUACUUUUUUGUGUGCCCUAUGGAAAAAAAAAAUGCUUGUUGCAUCCAACAUUUUAUAUCUAAUAUUGUCCAUCCUUUCCCCUCAGCCUCCUAAAAGACAAGUACUCAUUGAUUCUGAAAUUAUAUAUCAGGGUUCUAGACCAAUGUGCUAAUAAGUUCCCUCAGCAGCACAGACUGUAUUAUGGUACCCUGUUGGUACUCACAUGAUUAUCUUUUACUAUACAUUGCAUGACCAUUUCUUUUCAGGGGUAUCCUUACUAGUCCAAGACAGCGAGAUUGCAGAGUCCCAAGGGAUUGCUUCCCCUAAGCAGGAUGAUACUCCAGCACGUGUGUCUGAUCAUCUCCAGGCUCCUCAGGAUGCUCGCCGCCGAGCCAGCACUGGUAGCAGCCCAAUAUCAGAGGCUGGCAGCACUGGUACUUUGGACAGUGUUGGCCAGCUUGGAUUCAGUCAGCAGUCUGUGCAGUCAAAUGGUACAUGUAUGCAUUCAUACUACAUUUUAAAAUGUGAAAAAUGUUACAAAAUGUGCAAGCUUAGCAGCUGAGUUACCGGUAGUUACUGUCUUAUUGAAUGAAGCAGUAAAUCAUUAUUUUUAAGAAAACUGUGGUGCUGUGUCAGUCAGACAGAGUAUUGUCAAAUUCGAUUUUGUCAACUUCUUUAGUUAAUCACCUAUGAAGCAUGGUGUACGCCUGCGAGCAAGCUCUCUGCGGCACUCGGGCGGUGGGGUAGGAAAAGAAAGGAGAGCUUGCAACUACAUCUCUGGAAUUUGAAUAUCUGCAUCAAAAAUGUUGAUGCAAAAAAUGCUGAUUGGCGUAGAUGACACUACUAAUAACGUCACUACCCUUGGCACCUUUUUUUUUAAUGUUUGUUUACAUUCGCACUCUUUUCCCCUUUGUGCUGAUUGGCGGAAAUCUGACAGCCCAGUUCACAGGGAGCCACAGGGGAAUUCACAGUAGGAUUCAAAUUCCAUCUCCAUCCUCUUCCAGCUCUGCCACUAGAGCGUCCUGGUGAGCUUGAUUGCAGGCUAGUCAUGAUUUGUUAAUGACCUCUUUCUUUCUCAGUGAAUAUUGAUCUUCAAAAACACUUCAAAUUAUCCCAGAUUCCUCUCCUCCUUUCCAAACAACAGUGUCCUGUUAUUUGGAAGCCUGUUCACAAUCUAAAUUGUGGUCUAGCCAAUUCCAUAUUACAAUUGAUUAGACCUGGUACUUAGCAUGGAUCAUUUGGGUAAGGAAGAUCUCAUGUAUGUUGUGGUUGAAUUUUAUCCUUGUUUUAAGUUUUAUUCCUCCUUGAGUUUCUUUUUGGGUAUGGUAAUGUACAUUGUCUGAUAAUGACUUUGAAACGAAGCAAAAGAGAAUUAACAUAUCGUUUAGAGUAAAUAGAAAUAUAUUAUUGUAUUAUUAAUUUUCUUGUUUGAGUGUGAAAUAGUACGACUUCAGCAAAUAAUAAUAGACUGAUAUUGAGCAUGGGUUUUCCUCUUGAAGAAAGCAGUUAGAAAAGCAUAAGUUAUAGCCUGCGUAGCUGGUGAGAUUAGCAGGCGAGUGUUAUAGUGUUUUAGCAGCGAAGCCACAUGAAGGUUGGGAGCAAGUCAAAUUGAUUUUCCCUCGCGGCUUCGCUGUUCUCGCUUCGCGUGGCGGCUCUGCCGCCAACCCACGCACAAAAAUUUCACCAGCUACGCAGCCUAUAUAAGUUAUAUUUUACUAUUAUAGUAUAAACCAUCCAGCUGUACACUUUUAAAAGCACAUGGAGAAAAAUAAUGUUGGACGUUUUUUCCUUUUUCAGACCAAGUUGAAUGCAAGAGUACAAUCCACUGGUUGUGUGAUUAUGUAUCAUACCAAGCCAAUAAGAAAGCCACACAUCACUCACGUGACUUACAUUCUAUGAUAGUUGCUGCAUUCAGCUGCCUGCAAACAUGGAUAACGUCACACCCAUGGUUAUUGGACAGUCAUGUCUGUAUAAUCCUUUUACUCGCAAGGCUAGUGUUCCAAACGGAAAACACAAGAGAAAUUCCAAUUUCAUUUAGUAAAGUAGUGCUGAAUAAAUGGUCGGAUAGAAAGUUACAUAUAGAAUCACCAUGUAAAACAUGAUGAACAGCACCACUGAAAAGUAGUGUACAUUUGCUUUCAUUUCAAUGGUCACGUUAUGAAAAUUCCAUUCCCAGAAGUAAAUGUUAGAACCAUCGUUUACAGCGCAAUAAACAGCACCACAGAAAAGAACUGCUCAGUAGAUUUCUUUGAUCGCCCUUAAAGAUUUUAUCCACAGAAUCAAAAGUUGGAACUAUUUUGUACUGCAUAGUGAAUACAUCUGUAGGGGCAGGCACAGUACAAAGUACUACUCAGUACCUUUCUUUUGAAUCGCUGCACUUCGUUGUUUUGGAAGUUCUGAAUUAACCCAUAAGAAAGUGUAUACAGAAGUAAAAACAUUUGGGGAUAUCAAUUUAAUGCGUUGAAAAAAAUUACAUACACAGCUAUAGAGGCUUACGGUCAUAAAAUAGCAGCAUCUUGAAAUUAUUUGUUUUUGAACUUUGCAGGGCUGCUUACAAGUUGUCAUGGAAGUGGUUGAGCUGGGAAUAUCAGGAAGCAAGUCCAGAGAAAUUCCAAGAGUAAGUAAAACAACAAACCAGUGCAGUUUCACUUGCACGUUGAAUUUUUGAGGUAAAAAGUCAAGACGGCGCAGGGGUGACAGCACUGGCCUCCCUCAAUUUGACACAGAAUUCUUAGGUCACAAACGAUGCCAACGUAAGUCGAUCACAGCUUUGAUCAGUUUUGACACAGCAGUCCUUUAAAUUUCACUACCAAAGUUUCUGUAGUGGCCAUUUGGAGUUUUUUUUCAUAGCCUUCAAUUUCCCUGUCAAAUUGUUAAUUUUCUAAAAAUGAAGACUGUUCUUACCAACAUUUUCUUGCUUCUAUCUCAAGGAUCAUCAACAAGGAACAGAAUUUAUCCCUCGUUUAAAAGGUGGGUAAAUACCAAGGUUCUACCUCUACUUCUAGCAGUGUCAGCUCAAUUUUGUGUAUGUUCCCGUACUGAUAUAAGCAAAGGCCAUAGGAUUAACCACGUUUAGGCUUUGCGUAGGCUGGUCAAACUUCUAUUCUUCUUCUGGUCAAUCUUCCUUCCCUAUUUUCAAUGGUAUCUGCCUUACGAAACACUGAGGCUCAAGGGAAACAAAAUUAAGUAGUUUUAAAAUCAUCAUGUUGUUUGUUAUGAUUGUAGAACAAAAGGAGAAAUAUCUACACUGUACGAAUUGAAAGUAAAUCUCGCCGAGCGGUGAACAUGCGGGAAACAGUACACUGAUAAAAUCAUAACUUCCUCUGACGUCAAAGAAUGGAGUGUUGUCCGCUCAGAUGCUUUUAGCGGGAAACAUUUGUAGGUAUCAUAGGAUUUCGAAUAAGUAAUUAGAACGCGUCCUGUGUGGGAAAAACGUCCAGCUUUAUUUUUCAGUAAUGGUUGUACUCGUCCUUGCAGGUGACAAAGAACUGAAACCUGUAUCGUUCAGAGUGAGAGAAGCAGCUGAAGGCCUCUUGACUGUCAUAAUGGAACACUUGGUAUGUCAUCCGGGUAUUAAUGGUGUUCACAGUCGAAAGGAUGGUGACUGUUAAAAAUUUCCAUAUGAGCACAGGUUACCCAUGUUGGAAGCAUGUUGAACCUAGGGUAGGCCAAUGCCAGUUCAUUACACAGUUAUCCCAGUAUUCACUAGUACGGAGGCGCUGUGAAGACUCAAACCCAGACCUCCAGAUUUGAAGUGACGCUCGCUGCCUCUCCCACAUUCCUCGAUAAGGAGAUAGUGUGAACUCUUUUAGAUAAAUUAGUGGGAGAAAUACUUUUGUGCUUUGACCAAUCAGUUUGUAAUGAGAAACAUGUCAGACUCUUCUUUUAAUUCAACAGGGAGCUUUCCCUUCACCUUGUGGUCCAGCCUCGUUAUCAUCUCUCCUGGACGAAGACUGGGUUUUGGAUCAGGUGCAGUCAGCCGAUGGGUCAACAAAGGUCAGGACAAGACUAGUCUUUAAAUAGUUGAGAUAACGUACAGUAUUCUGUCACGAAAAACAAAAAAAGCAAAACGUUUAUUAUACAGCAACCAUCUAUAACCUGCUGCUUGCUUUUGAGCGCAGCGUCCGCACUAAAUUUAAUGUGAGUCUUGGUCUCUCUUGCGUCCCUGCCAUCUUUGUUUGUUUCCUGCCUUUUGUACCACUUCAUUUACCCACGCUUUUCUCCUUUGCACAAAUUCCAGUACUUAGGGACUUGUCAGAAAUUAGCAGGGGGGGGUGGAAACAGAGGGAGGGUCACAACUUUUUGAGACUGCAGAAAAGGGAGGGGUCGUGAAAAAUGGGCUGUUAAAAGGGGGAGGGUCAUGCAAAUAUGUGUCCCUGAUCAUGUAGAGGUUCACCCACUGAAGAAAAAAGAAGUUCUUUAUUUUGUAAAAAAACACCUGGGAGAAAUAGGAGAGUGGAGUGAUCAGCUGUCAGAAUCAGAGUCAGACUCAGCUUAAUGCUGUCAUCUAAAAUGUAUGUAUAUGGCAUUACAAAGAACAGAUUAGAAAUAUAUUUUGAGCUUUCAUAAUACUGACUCACCCUAGUGUAUUGCAAGAACUAGAUUUUAUCAUUUAUACAAGAGGGGGAGGGUCAUGAUAUUUUAGGCCAAGGUCAAGGGGAGGGUUAGAAAAUUUCACUCCCAUUGCAGGGAUGGGUCACCUCAUUUCCGAACCCAAAUUUAAAAUUCCCACCCCCCUCCCCCCCUGCUAAUUUCUGACAAGUCCCUUAUUAACGUUUGGUGCCAGCGACAUGUUUGUCGUCCUUGUAACCAGUUCAUUUUUCCCGCGCUUUUAUUUCUUUGCACACCGGUAUUGAGUACUUGAGUUUGGAGCCGGCAACAUGUUUUCCCGCCUGUUAAACAACAGUUGUCUUCUUUCCCGCGCUUGGCUCCAGUUCAUUUUCCCGCGCUUUUCUCCUUGUUUUCGAGACUGCUUAACAACACUUCUAUCCUCUCGCGUUCUUGGCACCAGUUCAUUUUUUCGGUACUUUUCUCCUUGCUUUCUGGCACCAGACGAGCGCCAGACUCUUUUGUUACUGUUUAUUAGCAAGUUUUUCACAUGUUAUGUGUUUUAUUUUUCAUCAGACGCCCCGCAAAUUCCAAUAUUUUGUAAUCCAGGAUAGUAGUAUCAUGUUAGGAUUGUUAGAAGAAUCCCUAAAGCACAAAGGUAAGCUUUCCUUUUGUUCAGCUUGCAUCACUCAGAGUUAUUCAUCGCGGGAUACGUGAUUAUUUUAAGCCUUUUUCACCAUAACUGCACUCAUAUAGGGAGACUACAUCUUUGCUUUUGGGUUGAAUGCCCUGGGGCCCAGUUUACUGAGUUUGUGACAAGCCCCUUAGAUAUCACCCACUUUGAAACUACUGCUCUGCCUUACUUUAGAGAGCUUUUAAGAAAAUGACAUUCAUAGUGAAGAAUUUUCUUCUUUCAUGAAGAUUCCCCAGAACUUGAUGGCUUAAUUUUUGUGCCUGUUUACUGCUACACACAAGACAAAUUUGAUCUGAUAAUGAAUUGCAACUGUACCACAAAACAACGACGUCCGUUUAAUAUGCUAGCAAGGUUACCGUUUGCCAUAAAAUAAAUGAACCACGGAAAGCAUCGCAUUCUUUUUUAAAAGAUAAUCAACAAUCCCAUUGAUUUUAAGCGAUUUUCACCAAUUCUAAACCCUGUGUUGAAACAAAAGAGAUUGACGGUGUGACUCGGCCUCUCUAUAAGCUUUAUUUUACACUAACUUGAUAACGUCAAUAUGUAUGUUUUUUCUGUUAGACCCUUUACCGACCUUGUCAGCAGUUAUCCGUGGUCCCACUGGUCGUUAUGUAUGGACCAUGCAGUUAAGACAGUUUUCACGACAGAAAAAUGUACCGUACUUCAUGUUAUUUAUUCAAUUAAUCCUUUUAUACUGCUCCAUGAGAAAUUUCUGCAAUUUGAUUGGCUUAGAUCAGUGGUAUUUCAGCUUAAUUCAGCCGAUGUAAACGUUUGACCAUUGAAAUCAGCCUUGUUUAAGAUGACAGUUGAAGAACUGAAUUUUUCUAUUGUUUUUCUACUUCUUCUCGUUUUUGGAUAGCUUUUUAAUCCUUUUGAUUGUUAAAAUCAAUCUUUGAUUCUUGAGUUUUUGCUUGCUGCAAUGACUCUUGACACUUUCAUUAAUUCAUAUGCGAAGUGUUACGCUCUGCAGCUAGUUGACGACCUUUUUGUUAAGGGGCUGAAAAGUCCUUGCUCUCAAAUAUCCGUACGGCGAACAAUUUUCUUCAGAAAUGCUUUAGUAUUGUAAUAUUUUGCACAAGAACUAACGUUCUUUCUAGUAAAUUUGCUUCUUUCUCCUUAGGACCUGAUUGAGGCGCACCUUAAGGACCCAGGGCGCCCUUCACCAGACAAGACCCAACCUCGACCCCCGCCGAACAUAAGACACCGGGCCUUCCCUGAAGAGGUGGAUACAGUGCCUCUCACGAAAGCGUUAUUGAAUUUGUUUUUGUUUUUUUUUCUUUUGCAACAUCCGUCCUAUUUCCUCCAAGUUUUCCUAUAGCUUUGUACGUGCCUUAUAGCCAGCGUUGCAGCUGGUUCACCCAUCGUCUAAACCAUUGGUCCAUUCCGGCAGUGUAAAGUGUCUGCAACGCAAGCUAGUGCCUUAUCUCAGUUGGAACCCUUUUGCUUGAACAGAGACCCGACGUUACUGUUAUCAGGCCGGUAUCACAUGCAUAGUGCGGAUGGAUAGAGAAAAAGAAGGUGCGCUUUGGGAAAAAACGGUGGCGUUUGCUAUGACCAACAGCUCUAAAUCCUUCUCAAAAAGCGCUGUAUGACUUUGUUUUAAUGAAAGUUCUCUCCAACUUUGCAGGGCCGCAGAGUAAAUUCGAACAUACGUUUUUUUCCUUCCGCAAAUAACCUACGAUCAGGAGUUUUUUCUCGCUUUCCAUGAAAUACAUAAAAUAUAUAUAGGGAGGACUUGAACGCAGGCUAUUCGGGAAAUUUAGAUUAAAAAAACAGUGAGUGUUGUUUGUGUGUGUAAGGAGCGGGGAGUAGUCAUUUUCUGAUGCUUUAAAACACCUCUUUCCCAUAUUUCCAUUUCCAUUUCCACCCGUUACCAAACGAUUUCCGUGCAGUGUUAGUUCUUAUUUUAUACCUUUUUUUUCUUUUUCUAGAGAUCGAAGUAUACCAGAACUGGAUGACAUUUUAGAUUCUAAACUCAGUGAAGUGCAGGACCAUAUGCGAGCACUGAUGCAGAAACAGGUCUAUGAUUACUUCCACCUUCCGUGUCUUUUAUGUCCGGUCCUCACUAGAGACGCAAGCACAAGCAUAAGUAUAAGAGUAAGCAUAUCGCAAGCCUAUGCAUGAGCAUGAGAAGCUUAUGCGCUAGAGCAAGGACGGCCUUGACCCACGCGCUGGAGUGAGGACGACCUUGACACACGUCAGUAUAUGCAUAAGAAGAACAAAAGGGCUCGAUAUUCUUGUGUUCAUCCAUAUGCGUAUGUCCCUCCUGACUAGCGUAGAAGCUCCUUAUGCUCAUGAUUAUCUGGCUCAGUAGUGUGGACCAUGCUAUGCUUAUGCUUGCGUCACUUGUGAGGACCGGGCUUUACUCAUCCUUUACGUCAACCUAGUCCCUAGGGCUAAAUGGGAGGGAAUAGCCCUGGGGACGAGGUUGGGUUUAGUUUACCAGUCAUAUCAGAAAUGUCCGAAAUCUAUAAAUUUAGAUGAAAUCUUUAGGAGUCUCUCAGUAUUUCCAUACCUGUGUACUCCGUUUGCUUAUGAUAAGUCUCGUUUUUCUUACUAUUGUCACUUCGUUGUUUAUCCCCACUUUUCUACCAUAUACUGCUGAGCAUUACUCCCUGCGGCGUUGUAGCGGUCAAUAACGAAAUGAUUGUUCUGAGGAAAGUUACAAACGAGCCCUAUCUUAUACAUACCACAAUAAAUAAUAUCUUUCAUGAUUUGUCUUUUGCUUAAUAGUUGGAGCAUGAAACAGUGGCGCAGGCAAAAUUAAAAGGGGGAAAAUCGAAAGUGAAAUUAGCUGAUGACGAUGCAGGAAUAAGACCACCCCAGUAAGUAGCAGGGUUGAUGAAUGACAGCACAUGUUAUUUGUUUAAUAUUCUUACCGUAAAUCCUCUAUAAAGACCCCCUCUCAAUUAUCCCCCUCUUUAAUAAGCACAGCCCCCCUUUUUUCAAGAGAAGAAAGUUAUCAAGGCCUUCCCCUCCGCCCUCAUUUUUAACAACCAAAUCAAUUAACGAUAGAGUGAGCGCAAUGUUAAGCUACAUCAAAUAAGCCCCGCCUCCUCUUAAAUAAGCCAAUGAUCUCUCUUAUUAUCCUCCCCACCCCACCCGUGAUUGAAAUAAAUAAGCCCCCCGCUCGAAGGACUGAAUAGAUGAUUAUUUUACGGUAUUUGAAGCCGUUAUCUCCAUCGUCACGCAUUGUCCUUCUCUUUGGUAGGCUAAAGAAGCGUUGCUCGACGGGGUUGCCCAGGGAGUUUAGAAUAUUAUCAGGUGUAUUUCUGUUACUUUCAACCUGGGCUGAGUUGCUCAAGCAUGGUUAGGUUUAACCAUUGGUUAAGCAGUAUCAAAACCAAUACAUUGUCAAGGUAUUAAACGCUGGUUAACGCUAACCAUGCUUCGAGCAACUGGGCCCUGGUCGUUAUUUCGAUUCAGUUGACUUAAUUUUGUACUUCUCUUUGUGUUUUUCAGACCAUGUAAGGAGUUUAGUCCAUCUCGUCUUUUGCUUUCUCAUCUUGGUUUACUGUCCAUCGAAGGACUAAUGGUAAAGCAAUACUGCUAUUCUGUUUGCGCUUUUUUAAAGGGAUUUUGUCAGACGUACUUGCUGUUUUUGUCAAUACCAUAAUAAUAUUUUAUAAAUUAAGAUUUAUAAAUUGUAAUAUAAGCCUAUAAAGAAGGAGAAAAUUCAGGACGAGGUCAUUGAACUACAGAAAGCAAAUUUAAAUAAGUUUUCAGUUCCCUCUUCAACAUCUAAACAGAAAUUGAACAUCUGGUUAGGGAAGCUCGUUCCAAAGUCUUGGAGUUGUAAUCAAAGAGCUCUAUCACAGUACGCUUUUAGGACAGACUUCCGUUCCUCUAACAGUUCUUGCGGACCCGAACGCAGUUAGUCUUUGGUUACUCAACAUUUCGGUUGGAAAAAGUGACGAAAAGCAAGUGCAACCUCGUUCCAAGGGAUUAUCGUCGUCCUCCUCUGUUUCAAGGGGAAGAAAGACAAACAGCCCUGGGGAUAAGGGUGCUUGAAAAGGCAACGAGCACUGAAGACAAAGGAAGUGCUUUUUAUUUCAAUCUGUACCCUCGACUGAACUAGAGACUACGUUACAGAACACUAAGAAGAUUUCACAUCUGGCGCGUCAAGUCCUAGUCGUCCCUUGACAUCAGAAUGUAUUGGGGACCUAUCUUUCUCCUGCGUAACCCACUAAGCCCUUUAGGGCAACAAUCGUGGACAAAAAGUGUUGAGAAUUUUGCACUGCCUUACCCCCAGAACGCCUGUACUGCGGAUAUGGUUCCGCUACGGCCCUUCCCCUCGCCACACCCUGAUCAAAGUUGUUUUGUCGGGAUCAGAAAUGAUCCAGCCGGAUUUCAACAUUUUUGGAGGGAGAAGGAGGAGUAUUUGUAGUUGCCAGGGCUUUCAAGAGCUUUGUCUUGAGACUAGACGUGGCAAUGUCCACUUUUCUUAACACUUUUGUCCAAGAUUGAACGUUAUGCAUAGUCUCAGCCAAAAUUGUUGAGACACUUAACUGUCUUCUUGCCCAGUGUUGGUGUGCAAGAUUUGUUGAGUUAACUGCGAUAAAGAACAUUGGGAGGAGGAGGAGACGGGCCAGAACUAAACAAACAGCGCUGGGUGGAAGCUUGCCAACUACAACAUAUCUUUCUUUCUUUUGUAGGGUAAUCCAUUGCGUCCAUUCGAGGACGCGAGCCUGCUUGCACUGAAUUCCACGUCCAGCGGUUUCUCUCAAGCUCUGAAGGAACUUGAUCACGUGUCUACGCCAACACAGGAUACAGUUUAUUUGUUUUACGUGAAAGCGGAACAAACAGACGCACAUGAAAUCAUAGAAAACCAGGUGAGCAUAAUAUCUGUCAUAUUUGCUGGAAUGAACGAACCUUAUUGGAGAUAUUCGACGCAAAGUGUCCUCGUGAAUAGCAUUCACCGAAGACUCUGUCAAAUAUGAAGUUAUAUGAAAAUAAAGAACGACCCAGCCUGUCAUUGGCGUUCUAAUUAAACAACAUUUGUCAGUACUUAAGAGAGACGCGCCAGUUAGAAACAAAAUAAGAAAAAAUGACGGAGCAUCUUAAAGUGUAGGGAAUGCCGUUUGCACGAAAAAUGUUUGCAAACACUUGACAUGGAGUAAAUGUGUUGCGCUGUUGUUGGCCUUUAUGUUGUAUAACUCUAUAACAAACACGAGAUAAUUGUGGCUCUAUUACUACCUUGUCUUCCCGUCUUUGUCGGGUCAUGGUGAAUUGAAGAUUAAACUUAAAGUACAUUAUGUAUAAAACACACGCUCAUAUAAUUUUUCAAACAUUUCCUUGUAUUGCUAACAGAUUGGUUCCUGUAAGCACUCCAAGGCAUUCCGUGAGUUUCUACUCUCCUUAGGAUGGCUAGUCGAUAUAGACUCGCACUCGGGCUGGUCAGGGAACAUUAAGCAGUGUUGGAGCAGAGGCAGUAGUGUAUCUACCUUGCGCCCUGAGGAGUCCAGCUAUUUACAGUCCUCUCAUAGCGUAUCAACUCUCACAGGCAGCGAAGAACAGGAUGUGUCUGGGAGCGACAGCGAUCGAUAUGCGUCUUGUCGCGAGAGUUUUGAUAGUGAAGCAUCGCCGAGCAGCGGGAAGGAUUCUCCAGCCGUGAAUUCUUCUCCUUCUCAUCCUCCGACUGAAACCAAGCUGGUUGAUGAGAUUCUUUACUACGCAGAUGUAAGCUGUGAGGUGGCGUUUAUCAUGCCGUCCCUCCUGCCGCGGUAUCAGAAGUUUCGGUGCAUAGCAGAACAGCUGGAGAGCUUUAAGGAGGAAGUAGAGCCCAUGCCGCGAAGAAGGACUCGGUCGGGUAGCACUGGGAGCCUGGAAGGAAGUAGUAUUGGGAGCCAAUUGGAUAUCAAAAGCAAGAUAUCCCGUCAGGCCUCCGAAGGGAUGACUAUACACGAGGUAUAUGAGAGCCAGUGAUACUUUACCUUACUUAUAUAGACUACCUGUCAUUGUAGAAAGAAGCAAUGGGGCGGAAGUCAAUGCGCCAUUUGCACGAUGGCGUCAUUUUACUACUACGACCAGAAUCCUUUACGUUUUUCCUUUCAUAUUUAAAUUUGGUAAUCCCAGCGAGGUUUACAAAACAAAAGCACUUAUUGGCACAAGAAAGCAAAACCCUGAAGGAUUCGUGUCGUAGUAGUAAAAUGACGCCAUCGUGCCUAUGGCCUAUUAUCAGUGUCAUUCCAUUACAUUAUAUUAAGCGGCAAAAGUAAUUUUUAUGAAUGAAAUUUCCUUCCAAAAACCGGGACGAAGUUAAGGACUUGCUCUGUCCAUAAACUAACAGAAGGUUUUGCAAACAGUCUAGCUGAUGCUAGUAUUAUUGUAAAGUUAAAGUCAAUUAUCUGCGAAACUAACCCGAAAAAAUCCAGCCAAUAGCGAUAAUUCGCAUUAACGUAACAUACCAACCACUGGUACUUUUGCUCCUUGGACAAAAACAAAAAAAUCGCACUUUAUUGGAGUGUGAAUGCAUUUAGCAUAAAACUAUUAAUAAUUAGGACACCACUAUGUUUACGUCUCCCAAUGGAGACAGGACCGCCAUUUAACGUGGCCAUCCAAGCCAAGUGAAAGUUUGGCCGUCUGCAGGGCAAAGACAAUAUCUUUAUUGCUCAGUUAUUUUAUGACCCUGAGAGCUGGUCCGGUCCCGGGGAUAGAACCCGUGACCUCCCGCCCUGCAGUCAAGCGUUCUACCGACUGAACUAGUCCUGUCGCGGUGAAAGGGUUAUUAUCGUUUAAGUCAACGCCAAGACGCUCUCUCUGGUUUCAGAACCGUGCCAUGUCGCGUCUUGGUAACGAACUCUCACUAGAGAGUCGACCGCUGUCCAGGUUGAGCACGCACAACACCUCGUCCGAGACAAACGUAGUGGUGGCCUGGCUCGAGCGGUUUGAAGAUCGUGCCCAGUUCCCUGUGGACGAGCUGCUGAUGGAGUUUGAUUUCAGUCAGAAUGUGGGACACAGCUUGCGUGAGAAAGACACCGUGGUUAUUUUUAUACAUCACCUGAGAAGUGGGCUAUACCGCAUCCAUAUCAGGUCCACAAUCAGGUACAUCAGUCUUACCUCUUUUUUACUUUUACCUUGUAAGUUUUUCUUAAGGACGACAGCCUUGCAAAAUACCGUGAUAUUAUUCAUAAAGCCUACAUUAUUCAAUCAUGUUUGUUAACUUUGUGUGUUUUUUCCAGCCCGCCUUAAUCUAAACAUAAUUGGUCAUUUUUUUAGGUCCCCUAUUGGUGGGCCCUUGGUGGACGGUAUGGUAGUGAGCCGCAGGACACUGGGCACCAUGAUACGGCAGACCGCUAUCAAUAUAUGCCGUAGGCGCAGACUGGAAAUUGACUCGUAAGUGAUGUCUCUUUUGAGAGUGUUAAAGCUGACUUACGCUAUCUAAGUUGGAACUUUGUUUACUGUGUUCUGUAGCUUCUUUGAAACCUUCUUUAAGGAAAAAGGGAGAGAACACUUUUUAUUCACACCCACAAGAUGGGUGAUUGCCACUCUCGUUUGGUUCUAAUUGCAUUUAACAACUUGUUCAGGGAGUGGAGAUAAUGCCAUGGGGGUGAAAAUAUUGCGAUUGUCGGGCUUCGUCUUCUUGUCCCUUCUUUCGUCAUGAGUGUCCCCAACAGGCUGAUGCGAAAAGGUCUGAAAAACAUCAGUCACCUCUUAUCUUAUUACUAGCUAAUAAUUCGUUUAGAUACCAGAGAAAAUCACGACAACUAGUGCAAGGUAAGAGGUUCGGAAACUGAAGACGACCUCGUUAAUGUGAAGCGUUCGAUUUUUUUCAUCUUUUCAUUUUUAAUCAUGAAAGUCGUACUCUCGAAAGAGUGUGCUAUCCGUUAUCCACUCAGGUACCUCGAAGAUAGCUUUGAAAUCUCGUCUGUCGUCUCGUCUGUAUCCUGCUACUUGGAGGUGCGUAGAUAGUGAUUGAAGACCAGUGAAACAUUCCUUCUUGUGAUAAAUACAUUGAAAACUAAAAGUGAAUCACGAUCAUUUCCCCGCGCAUUUCAUUUUUCCUGCGCUUAGAAGCGUUUAAACCUUUUUCGCACACUUCGCAAUGGGGCUUCUUUUCCCACACCAGCGCUAAUGUCGAAACGACCCCUUUUGACCUUUUGUUUUAACGCUUACAGGUAUUCCCUGCCUCAAGUUUGUCGUAAACUCAAGAUUCAAGAUAUCGUCAAGAAAUAUCGUCAUGAACGAUCUGUUCCUGAUUUUUACGUAUCGCUCUUUUCCAAUGAUGCGAAGUAA